AACAUCACAUGAUAGUGAUUUUGGGAGCGCGGACGACUCAUGAUGCUUGUUUCUCUGGUGUAACGUUUCAAGUGAUAUAGAAAGUAGGCUAAACCAGGCAAAUGGCAAGUUUAUAUUGUAUUUAAAUCCACACAGGAAACAAUGGAUACGAAGACUGUUUUCUCUCUAGUCUUCUUUGCCUUUUUAGCCGCGAAUAGAACUGUGGUUUCCGGGGCCCCUUCCUUCGCCAUAGACUACAAGAACAACUGCUUCCAGAAAGAUGGGAAGCCUUUCCAGUAUGUCUCCGGCAGUAUCCACUACUCCCGCAUCCCUCACUACUACUGGAAAGACAGACUGCUCAAGAUGUACAUGGCAGGACUCAACGCUGUACAGAUUUAUGUUCCCUGGAACUUCCAUGAGGAAAAGCGGGGUGUUUACAACUUCACUGGGGAUCGAGACCUGGAGAACUUCCUGGAUCUGGCCAAUCAGACUGGCCUCCUGGUGAUCCUCCGCCCCGGACCCUAUAUCUGUGCAGAGUGGGAGAUGGGUGGUUUACCAGCUUGGUUGCUCCAGAAACCAAACAUUGUACUUCGCUCAGCAGAUACAGACUACCUGGAGGCAGUGAACACCUGGAUGGCAGUGCUGCUCCCAAAGAUGAGGAGAUGGUUGUAUACAAACGGAGGGAACAUUAUCACUGUGCAGGUAGAGAAUGAGUAUGGGAGCUACUAUACGUGUGACUACAACUACAUGCGGCAUCUGAGGACCCUGUUCCAGUUCUUCCUGGGGGACAAAACUGUUCUCUUCACAACCGACGGGAACACGGACCGGGAAAUGACCUGCGGGACCCUGGAGGGAAUGUACGCCACUAUAGACUUUGGGACAGACGUCAACAUAUCCCAAGCUUUUAGUCGGCAGAGGAGAUUUGAACCAAGAGGCCCUCUGGUGAACUCUGAGUUCUACACGGGGUGGCUGGACCACUGGGGGGACCAGCAUGCUCAGGUGGACACCCAGAAGGUCAGCAGGAUGCUGGGGGAGAUGCUCAGCAUUGGGGCCAGCGUCAACAUGUAUAUGUUUGAAGGAGGGACCAACUUCGGCUACUGGAAUGGAGCGGACCAUGAUAACAGGUUUAGGUCGGUAGUGACCAGUUAUGACUACAACGCCCCUCUGUCUGAGGCAGGAGACCCUACAGAGAAACUACUGGCCAUACGGAACACCAUCAGCAAGUUCAGAGACAUCCCUGUGGGUCCCAUGCCCCCAGCCUCUCCCAAGAUGGCCUAUGGCUUUGUGACUCUGACAAUGGUAGGGAACCUCAGCAGCCUGUUGGACACGCUGUCACCUCAGGGUCCUGUCCGGUCACUGUACCCUCUGUCUUUUGAAGAGAUGAAGCAGUACUAUGGCUUCAUGCUGUACCGGACCAAGCUGCCCAGGGACCUGCCAGAAGACACACCCCUAAUCUCUCCUCUGAAUGGGGUUCAUGACCGGGCAUAUGUCUCCGUCUGUGGGGUGUUCCAGGGGCUGCUGGAGAGAGACACGACUCUGGUGAUGAACCUAACAGGGAAGCAGGGGGACCAGGUUGAUGUUCUAGUAGAGAACAUGGGACGAGUCAACUUUGGCAGCAAGAUCAACGACUUCAAGGGCCUGUUGAGUAACCUGAUCCUUGGUAAAGAUGUGCUGACAGAUUGGCAGAUCUACCGUCUGGACAUUGAUGGAGCCAUAGCCUCAGGAUGGCCCCAGUCAGGCCAGCGACGCUCUCCGCCCAACCCAGUCAGAGGGCCCUCAGAUGGGCCAGUCUUCUACCAGGGCACCCUGCCUCCCAACGGUCUGGCCUGGGACACCUUUCUCCGGCUCAAUGAAUGGACCAAGGGACAGGUGUGGAUCAACGGGGUGAACCUGGGCAGGUACUGGCCUAAGAGAGGUCCCCAGCAGACCCUGUACGUCCCGGGGCCCCUGCUCAGCCCCACCCAGCCCAACAACAUCACAGUCCUGGAGCUAGAGAGGGCCCCUCCUCACACCAGGGUCCUUUUCAUGGACCGGCCUCAGCUCGACAGCACUGCUGGCAAGACAUCACAGCUACAGACCACAGACAGACAGACAUGACAUCACAGCUACAGGCCACAGACAGACAUGACAUCACAGCUACAGACCACAGACAGACAGACAACAGACAUGACAUCACAGCUACAGACCACAGACAGACAGACAGACAGACAUGACAUCACAGCUACAGACAACACAGCUACAGAUCAGACAGACAUGACAUCACAGCUACAGACCACAGACAGACAUGACACCACAGCAACAGACAACAGACACUACAGCUACAGGCCACAGACAUCGCAGCUACAGGCCACAGACAUCACAGCUACAGACCACAGACAGACAUGACACCACAGCUACGACACCACAGCUACGACACCACAGCUAGACAACAGACAUCACAGCUACAGGCAACAGACAUCACAGCUACAGACAACAGACAGACAUGACAUCACAGCUACAGACCACAGACAGACAUGACACCACAGCUACAGACAUCACAGCUACAGGCAACAGACAGACAUGACACCACAGCUACAAGACAGACAGAAGACAAGACAUUACCUCAGAGAAUCAGUUUCUUCAUAGUUGACACACAGAGACGACAGCCAGCCAAUCAAUCAAUCCCUCCGAAUAAGUCUCUGUCCAACCACUUAUCUGCAGCAUGAGCUAAUACACUCCAAUCGUCUAUCAAUCAAUGUAUGAGUAGCAUAUCCUGUAUCAAUUCACUUCAGCACUCGUUUCUACGGACUUCCGUCUAUAACAAAUGAAACAACCUCUGAGCCAGACUUUCAGUUUGUGUUCCUCGGUCUCUGCUGCAUCUGCAAAUAGAAUGUUCUGUUUAAAGGCAACUUAAGGUUUGGUUUUCAGUGUUGAGCUCACGCAGGUAUGAAUAAAUAGAUGACAGUAUUAUGGUAAUCAUUGUUUUGACAUGAUUUAAUAACAUGAGUUGCUGUGCUUCUGUCAGAUACUGUCCGUUUUGGCACGUUACUAUAUACCCAUUUCAUAAAAACACUGUGUACAUGAAUAAACAGUUUCAUCAUCACA